AUGUCCGAAGUUCCCACAAAUAAUGAUACUAGUAUUCUGGAUGCCGAAGAAGAGAAGGCCCUCAAUUCAAUGCCUAGAAGAUCAAGAAGAUAUUCUCCCUUUACAGCCCUACCUCCUGAUGAAUUAAUUCGAGAUGAGCAAGGAGGUUCCUUCUCAGAAAAACAUGGCUCAAUCAAUAUAAAAACAACAACAAAAACACCUUCAUCAGCACCUUCAGUACCAUCAUUCAACUCAGAAGAAGCUUUUUCCAAUAUCCAAAGCCCAAAAUCAGCCAAAAUUGAGAAAUUUACCACCUCUGUUGAUGAAGAGACAAGCACAGAGGAUUUUCAACCAAAUAUUGAAUCAUCCUUGCCAGUGGAAGAAGAACAACAACACCAAGAAGGAGAUCAAACAACACCCCAAGAUGGAACACCAUUACUAUCACCAUUUUCUCAACUUGUACACAAAACACCAUACGCCCAUAUCACUGAUCUGGUGACUAAUAGCUUAUCUAAAGUUGAGAAGAGAUCUAAGCACUUGAGUUGUAACUCAGUGAUGGAGUUUUCAGAUUUGCUUAAACAAGCUGGAGUAGAAAUGGAUGAACUUCAAGAGGAUGAAGAUGGUGGAGUAGAGUAUACUAAAGAUAUCAAUGAUCUCGGCAAUGAAAACUUUGAUAUCCUAACUCCUUCAAAAUCAUCUAUUGGUACAAUGUCUGAGUAUGACAGUGAGCCAGAGUAUUCCACUCCAGCAAGUGAUCACGAGGAGACACCCGAGUAUGAAGAUAUUCCAAACUCUACAGAUGAUUCCACCAAGCAACCUGCCAGAUUGAGCAUGGGAAGGUUUUUGGAACCUUCACGAAUCACUUGCACCAUCGAUGAGGAAGGCAAUGUCACUCAAUCAAGUAGUAGUACCAGCUCACCACCUGUCUAUACGAGAAAAAACAGUGGUGAUCUCGAUUCCAAUUCUACAUUAUCGCCAACAUCACCUUCCACAAGAAGGGUCUCGGUUAAACGAAAGAAAAGUAUUAGAAAUGAUUUUAUGAAAGGAGGAAGAUAUGGAACAGUUCCAAAGGAUUUCUUCACAACACUAUUCAAAAGAGGAGAUAGUAAGGAAUUUGGUGUGGAAUUAAAUACAGUAAUGUCGAGAAAGAGUGAGUUAGGACACGAAAUUCCAGCUAUCAUUGAAGAAAUGAUGGUUGUAAUCUCUGAAAAGAUGAACGUAGAAGGAUUGUUCAGAAUUGGAGGUAAUGUGAAAGAAAUGGAAGCAUUAAUUAAAAAGAUGGAUGCUGGUAAGGUUGUAGACUUAAGAACUCUGAACAUUCACGUAAUAACUGGCCUGACUAAAAAGUAUAUCAGACAAGCCAAGCUAUUAACACCAGAAUCAUUUGAGGUUUUCAAGAAAGUGCUUCAAAUGGACAAGGAUGAUGAUAUUAUGAAAGAACUGACAAAACUAUUUUCUGAUGUUUCAAUAAUCCCAUAUUAUAAUUGCCUGUUGCUUAAUAGAUUAUUACACUUAUUGUACAAUAUUCACAGAAAGAGUGAUGUUAAUCAAAUGACAGCACACAAUCUUGCAAUUAUUUUUGCUCCAAACCUAUUCCAAGAUGGUUCAGCAAGCUUGUCUAACAACCUUGUUCUUCAAACAAAGGGCACAAGGAUAAUAGCCCUGAUGAUUGAAAAGUACGAUGAGGUGUUGAAACCUCUCUUCCAAAAGUUAAAGGAGAGAAAUGAUCUGAAACCAGAGAAGAUCAAGCAACAUGGGCUCGUCGAUGAAUCACAAAUAUUAAUGAAAGGAUUUGUUUCGAAAAGAACAAAGGUUAAAUCAUGGAAAAGAAGGUAUGCUGUUCUAACUGCAACCCAAUUGUUAUUAUUCGAGGAUGAUGAAAUUUGUAAAAAGAAGCUUGAAGCUCAAUUUGACUUUGGAAAGGAUGUAAUACUUGUUGAUUAUCCAAAGAAGGAGUAUAGUUUUAAAAUUUAUAAGAUUAGAGUUGAGGAAGAUGACAUUAAAGAGUGGGCUAUAAGAGCUGAGAAUGAAAGUGAGAAACAAGAGUGGAUGAAACGAAUUGAAAAGAUUGUGGAAAGUUUCAAGUCGACACAUCAAUAA